UCAUUGCAGUUGUCAUUACAUUUAUUUUAUUUUUUAUAUAUUUUUUUUUAAUUUCCGCCCUUGCGCAGAAAACUCAAAAAACUAUUGAAUUAAUCAGCUGUCAAAAAUUACAGUCGUGGUGCCAACAACACUUGUCAUAUUUAUUUACUCCAAAAAAUCAAAUAUAUAAUUAUAUUUUAAUAUCUAUAAUAACAUUUUAUUGAUACAAUUUAAUCUUCAUUUAAAAUUGAUAAAUAUAUUUUAUACUCUUUUUGUAUUUAAAUUGUUAUUGUUGUAAAUAAAAAAGUGAAAUGCAGUGAUGGCAGGAGGAAGUGGAAGUUUUAUAAGUAAACCAGCAAGAGGAUGGCUUCAUCCAGACAAUCUUGUCAGCAAAGAAGGCAUAACUUAUGCUGUUCGAUACAUUGGUUGCCUUGAAAUUUAUACAUCAAUGAAAAGUUUAGAUUUUGAAACAAGAUCAUCUGUUGCCAAAGAAUGUAUUAAUCGAGUUUGUGAAGCAGCAGGUUUAAAAUCAGCUGAUAAAAAAAGAAGAGUUGACAGAAAAGUAUUGCGAGCAAUUGCUGAAAAACCAUGUAUGGAUAAUGCUGGUUCAAAUAUAAAUUUAACAAUAAGCAGUACAAGUUUAGCAUUAACUGGUCUUGAAACUGGUAAUAUUAUAGCUAAACAUGAAAUGCCAAGAAUAUCAUUUGCAUCUGGUGGUGAUACUGAAAUACUUGAUUUUGUUGCUUAUGUUGCAAAAGAUUUACAAGAAUGGCGUGCAUGUUAUGUAUUAGAAUGUGGUGGUGGUUUAGCACAAGAUGUUAUAUCAACAAUUGGUCAAGCAUUUGAAUUAAGAUUUAAAGAAUUUUUAACAAAACCAUCAUCAAUUCAUCCAAUGACGUUAAAUGGAAUACGUGAACCAGAUCGUGAUUAUUACAAUGAUUUACCUGGUAAAGUACCACCAGAUAUUGGUCCACCGCCAGUACCACCAUUACCAAUAACAUCAGCAACAUUACCAAAUUUAAAACAUCAUCAUCAUCAUCACCAUCAUCAACAUCAUCAUUCUGGUCAAAAUCAUGGACAAGCAUUAUUGUCAUCAUCAUCAUCAUCAUCGUCAGCAACAUCAUCAUCAUUAACAACAGCAGCAGCAUCAGCAGCAACAACAACAACAAAUACAGGACAUUGUAGUGGAUAUGAUGGUUUUACAAAUGGUAAAAUAAAACAAUCAUGUCAACAACAAUGGCCUGAAACUGGUAAUUUAAUUGAUCUAAAUUCUGAUGGUGCAACAUCAUUAACAAUAUCAUCAGAUCAACCAGAACAUAAUUAUGUUAAUGAUACUAUUAUAAAUUCAACAAGAGAUUGUAAAAGAGAAACAUCAACAUUAUUUGAUGCAUUUGAUAUGCAACCAUUUAGUACAGCAAUAUCAGAAAUGAAUAAAUUAAGUCCAAAAUCACAAAAACAACAAUUAAAACAUGAAGUGUGGUAUCAUGGUAGUGUUAGUAGAUCUGAGGCUGAAUCAAUGCUAACAAAAGAUGGUGAAUUUUUAGUUAGAGAAUCACAAGGUACACCUGGACAAUAUGUUCUUACUGGUAUGAAUAAUGGAAUACCAAAACAUUUAUUAUUAAUUGAUCCAGAAGGAGUGGUACGCACAAAAGAUCGUAUAUUUGAUAGUGUCAGUCACUUGGUUAAUCAUCAUUGUGACAAUGCGUUACCUAUUAUAUCUGCUGAUAGUGCACUUGUUCUAAGAUAUCCAGUACUCAGACGUACAGACUACUAAAUAUUAAUAAUAAUUAACUGCUGCCAAUUGAGUAGCCAAAUAAUUAUUCAAAAUUUACUUAAAAAAUGUAAGAGAAAUUAAUUUAUAUAACAAACUUUUUUUUUCUAAUAAUUUACAGUGCCACGUUAAUUUUAAUAACAAAAAAAUUUCCAUGAAAAAAUAAUUUUAUCAUAAUUUAAAAAAAAAAAAACAACAAACAAUUGUAAAUUUUUGAUGAUAAAUUAGGCAUACAUUUUAUAAUUUUUAUUUUUAUAAAUGUAUUUUUAUUGAAUAUGCUAGUUUCUAUUUUUUUUUUUUAAUUUUUUCUAGCAUUUUUAAUUGUCUAGCAUUGAAUCAUGGGUAUUAUUAUUAUUAAAAUAAUUUUUUUAUAUUUGCGUGAAUCAUGGGAUGAGAGAUAAAAUAAUAAUGAGCUUCCAUAACGUAAAAAUACAAAAGCAAAAAAAAAAAAAGCCAAGUUAAUUAAAAAUCUAAUAGUAUUAAUUAGAUUGAAAAAAAAUUUUAAAUAAUAAUAUUAAAAACUAUAUAGGUUUAUAAUAAAAAAAGAAAAAGAAAAAAAAGUUAAUAACAAAGGGUGUUUGUAAUAUAUAUUAUUGCAUGAAAUGCAUUUUAACAAAUUUUUUUUAUAUUUUUCAUACAAUUUCGUAGUAUCCUCAUUGAGUAUCAUAAUAAAUUAAUAAUAAUAAUAAUUUGUGGCUCGACAUGAUUGUCCCAAAAUGAUUCAGGCAUUUGAAUAAUAUUUAAUAUUUAAUUUUAAAAAUUACAUUAAGUAUUUAUUCGAUUUUUAAUUUAUAAUUAUUUUUUAAAAUUGAUGUUUAUUAGUUUUUCUUAAUUGUAAUUGAUCGAGUCAUAAAAUUUUACACAUAAAAUAAUAAUAAUAAUAACAAUAAAAUAUUUUAAUUCGUAUGGAUUUUAAAGAGUUUAUUUAUUUAUUUAUUUUUUAAUUUUUUAAACAUCAAUAUCAUCAAGAGAAAUUUUUUUUUGCCGUUCGAAAUUGCUUGAUAAACGAGUACGUCCAACCUGUUUGUAAAAAAAAAAAAUUAAAAUAUUGUUUAAAAGAUUAA